CGUGUUUGUAUGACACAUGUGUUGACAAAGUUGUCUAAACUUGAAAACUCUUGGUUUGUGUCUCAAUAUCGUUGAGACUGUGAACCAGUGACCACUGACUUCUUGUGUCCAAAUAAUUGUCUGUGAGUUGAAGUGAGUUAUUGCCAGACAAUGAGCGCCCAAGAGAUCCAGACGGCUGUGAUUCAGCUGAAGUCAGAAUCGGGACAACUGUUUGGCAGUCCUUUUGACAUUCCUCUGGAUAUCACUGGAGAUAAACUACAGCUCAUAUGCAACGCAUUGGUGGCCAAUGAGAGACCCGUUCCGUACCUGUUCUUCGCGAACGACAUCCAAAUCACGGAAAGUCUUCGUCAGACGAUUGCCGCGAAUCGCAAACUCUUUGACACCGAGAAGUGUCUGGAGAUAGUCUGUGCCCCUCAGGCGGUAUUCCACGUGCAGGCGGUCUCCCGGUGCUCGUCAUCUAUCGCCGGCCACUCGGACGCCGUUGUGUCCGUACAGUUCAGUCCCGACGGCUCCCAAUUGGCGUCGGGUUCGGGCGACACGACUGUCCGCUUUUGGGACGUCGACACCGAAACUCCCAAAUUCACGGGCAGUUCACACAAGCACUGGGUUUUGGUGAUCGCGUGGACACCCAAUGGACAACGACUCGCCUCAGCCGACAGGAACGGAACCAUUCAUAUAUGGGAUCCCAAGACUGGCCAACAGUUGGGAAACGCGUUGUCCGCUCACAAGCAGUGGAUUAAUUCAAUGGUUUGGGAACCGUUUCACUGUAACCCCGAGUGUCGGCGUCUGGCGAGCGCUUCCAAAGACUGUUCGGUGAAGAUAUGGGAUACAGUGCUCCAGAAGGUUGUGCUCACAAUCAGCGGUCACUUGCAAAGUGUUACUUGUGUUAAAUGGGGCGGAAGUGGUCUUAUAUACACCGCCUCUCAAGACAGGACUGUCAAAGUGUGGACGAGUGAUACCGGAGUACUCUGUCGUACCCUUGAAGGACACGCCCAUUGGGUCAACACAUUAGCCCUUUCGACGGAUUAUGUCUUAAGGACGAUUCAUAUAUGGGAUCCCAAGACUGGCCAACAGUUGGGAAACGCGUUGUCCGCUCACAAGCAGUGGAUUAAUUCAAUGGUUUGGGAACCGUUUCACUGUAACCCCGAGUGUCGGCGUCUGGCGAGCGCUUCCAAAGACUGUUCGGUGAAGAUAUGGGAUACAGUGCUCCAGAAGGUUGUGCUCACAAUCAACGGUCACUUGCAAAGUGUUACUUGUGUUAAAUGGGGCGGAAGUGGUCUUAUAUACACCGCCUCUCAGGACAGGACUGUCAAAGUGUGGACGAGUGAUACCGGAGUACUCUGUCGUACCCUUGAAGGACACGCCCAUUGGGUCAACACAUUAGCCCUUUCGACGGAUUAUGUCUUAAGGACGGCCUGUUUUGAUCCCCAAUACCCUAACAAUAGGAUAGACUCGGGCGCCGACACCAAGGAAAUGGCAGUCAAAGCUAAGGAACGGUUCCAAUCUGUUCGCAGCGAUAACGAGCGACUAGUGUCCGGAUCGGAUGACUUCACACUAUUCUUGUGGUUCCCCGAGAGGGACAAGAAAUGUGUGUCCAGAAUGACAGGCCAUCAGCAGCUCAUUAAUGACGUGAAGUUCUCGCCCGACGCCCGCAUUAUCGCCAGCGCUUCGUUUGAUAAGUCGAUUAAGUUAUGGGACGGGAGGACAGGGAUAUAUCUAACAUCACUUCGCGGACACGUUAAGGCUGUCUAUCAGAUCUCGUGGUCGGCAGACAAUCGACUUCUUGUGAGCGGAAGCGCCGACUCUACUCUUAAAGUGUGGGAUAUUUUGAAUAAGAAAUUACUCAUUGAUUUGCCCGGACAUGAGGAUGAGGUCUAUGCCAUUGAUUGGAGUCCUGAUGGAGAGAGGGUUGGAAGCGGUGGUAAAGACAAAGUCCUUAAACUAUGGAAACGAUAA